AUGAUUAUCAAAUCAAUUAUUCUUCUGACCCUGGUGGUUUUUUAUAGCCCUUUUAUAAAUGGAAAUCCAAAAUGUAAACGGCGAUUGGUGGAAGAAUGGCAUCCACAGCCCUCAUCGUAUGUGGUGAAUUGGACACUGACAGAAAACAUCUGCACCGACAUCUACAGAGAUUGCUGGUUAUUGGAUGUAAACACUAAAAUGAAUACUUCAGGCAAUCGAGUUGUUCCCCAAAUUUGCCCGUUGCAAAUUCAGUUCGGAGACAUUCUUGUAAUUUCUUCCGAACCAUCUCUUCCAUCUCCAGAAAUAAAUAUAAUGAAUGUUUCUGAAGCAUCUUUCAUUGACUGUCUGCAAAAUACCACAAAUGAAGAUCAGUUACUUUUUGGUUGCAAGCUAAAAGGGAUGCACGCUGUCAAUCCUAAAUGGCUGAGUGUUGGAACACAUUAUUUUAUUACAGUAAUGGCAAGUGGUCCAUUGUUUUGUCAACUGGGACUUCGACUAAAUGUGACAGUGAAACAGCAAUUCUGCCAGGAAUCUCCAAGUUCAGAAUUUUGCUCUGGUCAUGGAAAAUGUCUUAGCGAAAUUUGGAGUAAGAUAUACAGCUGCCAUUGUCAGCCUCCAUUUUCUGGAAAAUACUGCCAGGAAUUUGAUGCAUGUUCAUAUGAAGGAUGUAACAAUAAUGGCAGUUGCAUUAAUAAAAGAGAAAAAUGGCACAAGCAAAGAUAUGAAUGUAUCUGUUGCCCACCAUUUACAGGUAGAGAUUGUUCAGAAAUAAUUGGACAGUGUCAGCUAAAUAUCUGUUUCCAUGGGAACUACAGCAAUAUUACUGCCAAUAAUUUCUUAUGUGAACAUGAAGGACAUUUUUCAGAUUCAUUCUGUGAAGAGCCAAUGAAACCCUGCAUUUCUCAGUCUUGUUGGAAAAGGCAAAUUUGCCAAAAUAGCAGCUCUGCUUACAUUUGUGAAUGCCUAGAAGGAUUUCUCUGUCAAAACUGUGAAACUGAUGCCAUUGAGUGUUUAUCAAAACCUUGUCAGAAUGGCUCUGACUGCAUCAACAUAACAAAUAAUGUGAUGUGCAACUGUUCAACAAUAUUUACUGGAAAGUUUUGUAAGAAAAUUCAAACAUCAUAUGAGUCAUUUCCUUGGAAGAAUAUUGCCAUGUGUAUGAAACGUGAGAAAGAUUAUCAUUGCAGUUGUAUGCCAGAAUUUACUGGAAAAAACAGUGAGAAAGUAAUUGAACACUGCAGACUGCUCAGCAUCAACUGUCUGAGUGAAGGAUGGUGUUUCAAUAUAAUUGGAAGAAUCAGAUAUGUAUGCACUCCAGGGUGCACAAGAAAUUCAUGUUGGUUUGUGAAGAAUGUUUACUUCAUUCAUCUGUACCUCUGCUACUAUGGAUCCAUCUGCCACGAUAUUUGCCAAGCUAAAGGUCCUCCUCAAUUUGAAUAUGUGUGGCAAUUGAGAUUUACAGGAUCUGAAGGUGAAAAAUGUGACAUGAUUAUUGAUACCUACUUUUUCCUGGCUGCAAACUGCACUGGAGGUGCAGUCUAUGAGAACAAACCUGAACACAUUAAUUCUGCAUUUUUGUUCCUGGGUGAAGGCACAAUAGAGAUGUGUGCAAGUGGAUGCAGGUGUUUGAGUGAAAAAGACAGUCAGGGAUGUUGGUGUCCAUGUAUUCUCAGAUGGGCUGGCAAAAUACAUCUGGAAAAUACAACAGACUAUCAAGAAAAUGGGUGUCAACAUGAAGCUGUUUGUAAAAAUGAAAUUAACAGAACCAGAUGCAGAUGUUCUCUUAGUUGCACUGGCAGAUUCUGCAUUGUCAGUGUUGAAUAUUGCUUAGGAAAUCAAAGUAUGACAGUGCACAGCCUCUGCCUGGCCCAGUUGCACAGUUGUAACUGUAGCUGUCUGCAAAGAUGCGAAAGAAACAUCUGUAAAAUAGAAACUGAAGACUGUAAAUCUGUGCCCUGCAAAAAUGGAACAACCAGUGUACAUUUAAGUGAGUAUUUCUUCUGUGAGUGUAUCCCAGGAUUUACAGGCAAGUUGUGUGACAUAGACAUUGAUGAAUGUACUUCUAAGCCUUAUAAAAAUUGAGGUACAGUGAUCAACUCUCCUGCUAACUAUUUGUGUGUGUGUGUAGGGCCUUUAAGAGUGGUUGAUGGCUUCUCCUGCUUACGCAAUGAAGGCUAUGCUGGACUCAGAUGUGAACAGCACAUUGAUGACUGUGUCUUGAAUUCCUGUGAGCACAAUUUUACCUGCAAAGAUCUACAUCUGAGUUACCAGUGUGUGUGCCUGUGUGGUUGGGAAGGAAAUUUUUGUGAACAAGAAUCCAAUGAGUGCAAAAUGAAUCCUUGCAAGAACAAUUCCACCUGUAUUGACCUUUACAAAAGCUAUCGCUGUGAAUGUACAUCUGGAUGGACUGGACAAAACUGCAGUGAAGAAAUAAAUGAAUGUGACUCUGACCCAUGCAUGAAUGGAGCUCUUUGUCAUGAAUCUACCAUCCCUGGGCAAUUUGUAUGCCUGUGCCCACCCUUUUAUACUGGACAAUUUUGCCAUCAACGCUAUAACCCCUGUGAUAUACUCAAUGACCCUUGUAGAAACAACUCAACAUGCUUAACAUUGGUAGAUGAAAACAAUUAUUGUAUUUGUAAAAAAGGACCUGAAGUUGAACACUGUGAAAUUGACAUGAAUGAGUGCUUCUUCCUUCCCUGCCAGAUUUACGGUGACUGUGAACAUGGGGUCAACAAUUUCAGAUGUGUUUGCAGACCCGGGUUUUCUGGACCUCUAUGUGACAUUGAAAUUAGUGACUGCUCCUCAAAACCUUGUAAAAAUAAUGGAACCUGCGUGGAUCUGGCAAACAGAUUUGUAUGUAAUUGUGAACCUGAGUACCAAGGAUCAUUCUGUGAAUUGGAUGUGAAUGAAUGUAAGACUUCACCCUGUCUAGACGGAGAAAAUUGUAUCAGCAAAACUGGUGGAUACAAUUGCCUCUGUGCCCCUGGUUAUACAGGCAUUGAUUGUGAAGUAAAUAUAGAUGAAUGCCUAUCAGAGCCCUGCCUCCACAAUGCAGCUUGUAUUGACGGCAUCAAUCAUUACACCUGUGACUGCAAGAGUGGGUUUUUCGGAACACACUGUGAAACGAAUGCAAAUGAUUGCCUCUCAAAUCCUUGUCUACAUGGAAGGUGCACAGAUCUCAUUACUGAGUAUCAAUGUUCAUGUGAUUCAGAAUGGACUACCACAAGAUGUAAGAUCAAGAUUAAUGACUGCACAUCAAUCACUUGUAUGAACGAAGGCUUCUGCCGGAAGUCGGUCCAUGGAUUUACUUGCAUGUGCCCAUGUGGAUACACUGGUGCAUUUUGUGAAAAACACAUUGAUAGUGGUGCUCAGCACGAACUGGAUUUGGUCAUCUGCCUUAAUGGAGGGAUUUGUGUUGAAGGACCUGGGAACACUUUUGACUGCAGAUGUCUUCCUGGAUUAUCUGGCAAAUUUUGUGAAAUUAAUAUAAAUGAAUGUUCCUCAUCACCAUGUCUACAUGGCUCAAACUGUGAAGAUCAUAUCAAUGGAUAUAUUUGCAAAUGUCAACAAGGAUGGUCUGGAUAUCACUGCGAGCAGAAGCUUGAUGAGUGCAUUCCCAACUCAUGUGCUCAUGGAGUAUGCAUAGACAAUGAACCCACAUCAACAUGUUUAUGCACAACUGGAUUUUUGACCUGCUCCAUUGGGCUUCUUUGUGGUGACGAAAUAAGCAGGCUUACCUGUUUACCUCCCAUCUCUCAAAGAACAGAUGUCAUUUCUACACAAGCAUACACAGUGGCCCCUGUUGAGACUUCUGUGAAUAGCUUUCUGUCUGUAAAGACUACACGAAAAUGGGCCAUAAUGGAUCAAGGUCCAAAACAGACAGACAUUUUCGAGCAUGAUGUUCUACCAACCACUGGUUUGGCAGCAUCAAAUACUGGCAUAUCCUUUGAAAGCUACUUACUUGAAGAACUGAUUUCCACUAGAGAGCUUUCAUCAAAACACAGUCUUCUUUCUUCAACAGAUGUUUCCUCUUCCCAAUUUCCGAAUUUUGAUGUUCACGACCCAGUUCAAAAUGUCCGGGGCAAAACAUCUGUACCACAUAUGCCUAUCCAAACUUCAGCUGCCACACAAACAUUUUUUUUCCCUAAUAGGGGAGUGGGGACCCGAUUUAUCGUCUCUUCCUCAAUGACGGAUUUUGUUUUUUCCACACAAUUAUUAUUUGAGAACUAUCAGACUAUUGCCUUAUCUGCUACCACAAUGAAUUCAGUAAUUAGUGGCAUUCUAAGGGCUGAUACUGAGUUACACAGGCACUCAUUACUCUCCCGUGGCUUUCUGCUCACAACUGCUUCUAUAAGUGCACCUCCAAUUGUCUCUAGGGGGUCUCAAGAGGAUAUUGAAGAAUAUUCAACUGUUUCCUUAAUUUCAAGAAGAGAGCAGUGGAGAUUGCUGAGCUCCUCGAUGUCUCCUAUUUUUCCUGCUAAGAUAAUUAUAUCCAAACAGGUAGCCAUCUUAAACUCGUCAACUCUGCACCGAUUCAGUACACAAGCCUCCACUCCCAAUGAAUAUCAGCUUAUUACUGAAGCAUCUAGCAACUGGAGACUCGCAAACAUCAAAUCACGGGCUGCUGAUUCUUUAAGAGAAUUAAGCCAAACAUGUGCAAUGUGUUCUAUGACUGAAAUAAAAUCCUCUCAUCAAUUCUCAGAUCAAGUUUUGCAUAGCAAACAGUCCCACUUUUAUGAGACAUUCUGGAUGAACUCAGCGAUAUUAGCCAGCUGGUAUACGCUAAUGGGAACUCAAACUAUCACUUCUGGGCAUUCAUUUUCUUCUGCUACCAAAAUAACACCAUCAGUGGCAUUCACAGAAGUGUCAUCUUUAUUCCCUUCUAAAACGAGUGCAAAAAAAACAAUUUUAUCCUCAUCCUUGGAAGAUUCCAUUACCCUAUCAAGUAAUGUGGAUGUUGAUUUAUGUUUGGAUAAGACUUGUUUAUUCAUUGUCCCUUCACAGACUCUCUCUUCAGACUUGAUGAAGUCUGAUUCGACUUCAAAAAUGACAACUGAUGAUCUGUCAGUAUCAGAAAACACUUUAAAACUAUUGGAAAUAGGACAAUAUGGUGUAACUAUGGGCCCCACUGAGGUACUGAAUCAAGACAGUUUAUUGUACGUGGAAGAAAGUAGAGUGUCUCAUCAACAGUUUAAACUUCACACGAGUGACAGUUUUCUAGAUUUUGAGUUAAAUUUACAGAGUCAUUCAGAUGUUACUUUAAAGACAUAUUCAGAAACUGUACAUUUAAAUGACCUCAAAAGCAAUCUGCCACCACGUACAGACACAGUCUCUGAUUUUUCAGAAGUAACUUCUAAUGUUGCAUUUUAUAUGGUUUCAGCAACUCAGUCACUUCCAAUGAAGACCUCUUCCCCCAUGACUGUAAUUUGGCCGGAUUGGCCAUAUUAUACAGAUUCUCUGACCUUAACAUCUGAUUUAAAAGACAAGGUCAGGACUUCUUCAGAAUGGCCCAAUUGGGAACUUCAGCCUAGUGUACAUCAUCAGGAAUCUCCUGCUGCAAGCCAGACUGUUUCCACAACUAGAUCUCUUACUUUUUCUUCACUGGAGUCCAUUCCAGCACCUCGACAGCUGAUGAUUUCUGAUUUCGGUCGUGUUCAUUAUUAUGGAGAUUCCUAUCUAGAAUUCCAGAAGGUGUUUUUAAAUCCACAAAAUAGCAUCUCUCUGGAAUUUCAGACCUCCAACUCCUAUGGACUCCUGCUAUAUGUCAAGCAAGACUCAAAUUCGGCAGAUGAAUUUUUUAUUCAAUUGUUUAUCGAAAAUGGAACUUUAAAGUACCAGUUUUUCUGUGCUGGCGAAAAAAAAUUGCAAAGCAUUAACACUACUAUUAGAGUGGAUGAUGGACAAAGGUACACACUGCUUAUCAGGCAAGAACUGGAUCCAUGUAAAGCUGAAUUGACUGUUCUAGGGAGGACUAUACAAACAAGUGAAUCUGUAACUCACGUAUCUGGAAAACCCCUGCCAAAAUCAGGGUCUGUCUUUAUUGGUGGAUUUCCAGAUCUUCACGGGAAAAAUCAGAUUUCCGGACCAGUCAAGAAUUUUACUGGCUGCAUAAAAGUUAUAGAAAUCAACAACUGGAGAUCUUUCAUCCCAUCCAAGGCAGUGAAAAAAAUUCACAUUGACAAUUGCAGACCCCGGGAUUUUACUCUGUCUCCAAUGGCUUCCUUCCUUACUCCUUCCGGUGCUGACUCCACGUGGACUUCCCUCAGCCCCUCUCCUGUAGCACCCUCUGUCUGCCAGGAGGAUGUGUGUCACAACGGAGGUACUUGCCAUCCCGUCUUCCUUUCAAGUGGUGCAGCCUCAUUCCGGUGUGACUGUCCACUACAUUUUGCUGGCCGUUUCUGUGAAAAAGAUGCAGGUUUAUUUUUUCCAUCUUUCAAUGGGAAUUCCUACUUAGAACUGCCUUUUUUUACAACCCUGGAUGAGUUGAAGUUUUUCCUGGAGAAAGAACAUAACAGAAUUGUUACCAUCUACCUGACCAUAAAAGCAAACUCUUUAAAUGGAACUAUUCUCUACAGUAGUGAGAAUACUUUUGGAAAGCAGUUUCUUCAUUUAUUUCUUGUGGAAGGAAGGCCUACAGUUAUAUAUGGAUGUGGAAGUUCUCAAAAUAUCUUGACUCUUUCUGCGAAUUACAGCAUUAACACAAAUGCAUUAAUCCCUAUCACAAUACGCUACACAAUGCCGGUUGGCAGCCCUGGGGUUGCUUGUAUGCUUGAAAUGACUGCAGAUGGAAAACCUCCAAUACAGAAGAAAGACACAGAGAUUUCCCAUGUCUCUCAGGUAUAUUUUGAAUCAAUGUUCCUUGGCCAUAUCCCCGAAAAUGUUAAGAUCCAUAAGAAUGCAGGCCAUGUUUAUGGGUUCAGAGGCUGCAUUCUAGAACUUCAAGUAAACAACAAAGAAUUCUUCAUCAUUGAUGAAGCACGACAUGGAAAGAAUAUUGAGAACUGCCAUACCCCUUGGUGUGCUUAUCAUCUAUGCCAGAACAAUGGUACCUGCAUCAGUGACAGUGAAAACUGGUUUUGCAAGUGUCCAAGGUUGUAUUCAGGCAAGCUGUGCCAGUUUGCAAGUUGUGAAAAAAACCCAUGUGGAAACGGUGCCACCUGUGUUCCCAAAUCCGGGACAGAUAUCGUCUGCCUCUGCCCAUAUGGGAAGUCUGGAGCCCUCUGCACUGAGGCUAUUAAUAUUAUUCAGCCCAGGUUCAGUGGCACAGAUGCCUUUGGAUACACUUCAUUCCUGGCUUAUUCACGGAUCUUAGACAUCAGCUUCCAUUAUGAAUUCCACUUGAAGUUUCAGCUGGCAAACAACCAUUUGGCAGUGCAAAAUAACUUGAUAUUUUUUACUGGACAGAAAGGCCACGGGUUGAAUGGCGAUGACUUCCUGGCAGUGGGCCUGCUCAACGGCAGUGUGGUUUACAGUUAUAACCUGGGAUCUGGCAUGACAAGUGUCAGAAGCGAGCCCCUCGAUCUGAGCCUUGGAAUCCAUACUGUCCAUUUGGGGAGGUUCUUCCAAACGGGCUGGUUGAAGGUAGAUGAUCAUAAAAAUAAAUCCGCCACCUCUCCAGGAAGACUGGUUGGUCUCAAUGUCUUCAGUCAGUUUUACGUAGGUGGCUACAGUGAAUACAUUCCAGAUCUCUUACCUAAUGGAGCUGAUUUUAAAAAUGGUUUUCAAGGUUGUAUUUUCGCCAUUCGAGUUCGCACUGAGAAGGAUGUUCAUUUCAGAGGCCUGGGAAAUCCUGAGGGCCACCCGAAUACUGGGCGCAACAUUGGCCAGUGUGAUGCUUCUCCUUGUAGUUUAACGAAAUGUGGCAAUGGUGGGACAUGUGUAGAGAAUGGAUCUACUGUUUACUGCAACUGUCCCACUGGGUGGAAAGGAGUGUUCUGCACAGAGACGAUUUCCACCUGUGAUCCUGAACACGACCCUCCACACCACUGUAGCAAAGGAGCAACCUGUAUUUCAUUGCCUCAUGGAUACACCUGUUACUGUCCUCUUGGAACCACUGGAAUCUACUGUGAACAAGCUUUGUCUAUAAGUGAUGCAUCUUUCAGAGGCAAUGAAUUAUCCUGGAUGUCUUUUGCUUCCUUUCAUAUUAGAAAAAAGACACAUAUCCAAUUGCAGUUUCAGCCUCUUGCUGCAGAUGGUAUCCUAUUUUAUGCUGCACAACACUUGAAAGCACAAUCAGGUGACUUUUUAUGUAUUUCUUUAGUAAAUGGUUCUGUUCAACUUCGCUACAACCUUGGUGACAGAACUAUCAUUCUAGAAACUCUCCAAAAAGUAACUAUUAAUGGAAGUACUUGGCAUAUGAUUAAAGCAGGAAGAGUUGGUGCAGAAGGCUACCUGGAUCUAGAUGGGAUAAAUGUAACAGAAAAAGCCUCCACUAAAAUGAGUUCCCUGGAUACAAACACAGAUUUCUACAUUGGAGGAGUACCAUCUUUAAAUCUUGUAAAUCCUGUGGCAAUAGCAAAUGAACCUGUAGGCUUUCAAGGCUGUGUCCGAGAAGUUAUUAUAAACAAUCAAGAAUUACAGUUAACUGAAUUAGGAGCAACAGGUGGUUCAAAUGUAGGUGACUGUGACGGGACAGCCUGUGGGUACAACACGUGCAGAAAUGGAGGGGAAUGUAUAGUAAAUGGCACAACUUUUUCUUGCAUAUGUUUGCCACAUUGGGCUGGAAAAACAUGUAACCAGUCUGUGCACUGCUUGAAUAAUCUUUGUCUCCACCAAUCUCUAUGUAUACCUGACCAAUCAUUUUCUUACACUUGUCUGUGUACUUUGGGUUGGGUGGGAAGGUAUUGUGAAAACAAAACUUUAUUUUCAACUGCAAAAUUUAUGGGUAAUUCUUACAUUAAAUACAUUGACCCAAAUUACAAAAUGAGAAAUCUUCAGUUUACUUCUGUAUCCUUAAAUUUCAGUACUACUGAAACAGAAGGCUUAAUUGUAUGGAUGGGAAAAGCUCAAAGUGAAGAAAAUGAUUUUCUGGCAAUUGGUUUCCAUAAUCACACCUUGAAAAUUGCAGUUAACUUAGGAGAAAGAAUCUCUGUGCCUAUGAACUAUAGCAAUGGCACAUUAUGUCGUAACAAAUGGCACCAUGUAGUUAUAAUUCAAAACCAGACUCUUAUCAAGGCCUAUCUAGAUAACAAUCUAAUUCUUUCUGAGGAUAUUGAUCCAUGCAAAAAGUUUGUUGCUCUAAACUAUGAUGGUAUUUGUUAUUUAGGCGGCUUCGAAUUUGGUCGAAAGGUAAAUAUUGUUACUCAAGAGAUUUUUAAAAGAGAUUUUGUUGGCAAAAUUAAAGAUGUUGUAUUUUUUCAGGAUCCCAAAAAAGUUGAGUUCAUUAAAUCAGAAGGAUACAAUAUUUAUAAUGGAGAUGAAUAA